AUGGUCUUUGUGCCGAUCCGUCUAGUUGGCGAAGCAGAAGAUCGCGUGUUCCAGUAUGUUAUUUUGGAACGGCAGAUUUCUCGUGUCGACUUGCUGAAGAAGAUUGAGCAUUUGACGAAAAUUCCAGCCGAUUUUCAAGAAAUCCGAUUCCGUGGCGAUCGGCUACCCACUUCACUUCAUCCUCUCGAAUCGAUCAACGAUUUUGCGGAGCUUGUGGUGAAACACUCGGAGCUUUCGUGGUGGCCAGUAUAUAAAACGGCGGUCGAAAUUGCAAUCAAUGUUAAAAAUUCAAGCCCCGAAAGGAUGAGAAAUGCCGAAGAGGCCGUCAGGCUGCACACGCGAUUAAUGGAUAAAGGAUUUUUCGACGUGUACUGCAGCUUCGCCGCUUUUCGCAUGGAAAACCAUCACAAAGUGGUCUUUUUGACUGAUGGAAGCACAACACUAAUGAAAGAAGCCACGGUCAGCCAUUUCCGGGCUCUGCAUUACAAGCGCGGCGCCGACGAUGAGUGGGACUUCGUCUGUCGGUUUGAAGCUCGACCAAGCGAUCUGGGAGGAACGCGAAAAAACACACUGGCCUAUGUUCAACUUUAUGGAGAGAUGGAAGAGACCAAGUACAAUGUGAAAUGUCAUCACUUUGGGUCUUCUUCCUCUACAAAGGGUCGAGUUCCGGAUAUUAAAGAGAUUUUUUGCUACAAACUCCUUGAGCUCAUCAAUGUGGGACCGCAUGUCCAAUUCAUCAUACCGAAAAAAUUGCCCCGCACCAGGGGAUCUUUGUAUAUCGCAACGAAAUGGUGUGACAAUUUUGUCCCUAUCUCGAGCAUCAAAGAAGAGGACGUCAGUGCAGAAGUUCUUGUGCAAAUUCUGCUGCUUGGCGCGUUUCUUUUUAUCGACGAUUUACAUUCUGAUAAUUGUGGUCAGUGGAAAGGCACGAAAGAGGCGGCGAUCGUUGACUUUAUGCCGACAGGAUUCAUCACCUACACCAAUAUUAAGAAGGCUCUGCUCAACAAUUACGCCUCGGAGCACUGGGAACCCAUUCACAUUAACGCGUUGGAAAAAUGCAAUGAGGAAUCACGGCUGGAGAUGGCAAAAGAAUGUCUCAAGAAAUGGGAUCUGCUGUCCAAGAUCGACAUGGCCAAUGAGCAAAUCAGGCCCGAAAAGCUCGAA